CCGCCGCUCUCUCCCCCCUCCCCCUCCCCCUCCCCCAAAACUACCCACCGCUGCCGGCAAUGGCGGCGGCGCACGGCGCUGGCCCGAACCUCUUCGUGCAGGAGGCCGACUGGUACAACGAGAUCCUGCUCGGCGCGGUGGUCCCGGGCGACUGGUGGCGCGGGAUGCCGCACCCGAUGCGUUCUUGGCUGCGCAACACCGUCGGCGGCUUCCUCCUCUACUUCCUCACCGGCUUCCUCUGGUGCUUCGUCAUCUACUACUGGAAGCGCCACGCCUACAUCCCCAAAGAUUCUAUCCCUUCAGUAGAAGCUAUGAAGAAGCAAAUAAUUGUUGCAUCAAAGGCUAUGGUUGUCUACUGUGCUCUUCCAGUCGUAUCUGAGCACAUGAUUGAGAGUGGUUGGACAAGGUGUUACUUUCAUGUCAGCGAAGUUGGUUGGCCAAUGUAUUUUGUCUAUUUGGCUUUAUAUCUUAUCUUUGUGGAGUUCGGAAUUUACUGGAUGCACAGAGAGUUACAUGAUAUAAAGCCAUUAUACAAGUACCUACAUGCAACCCACCACAUUUACAACAAGGAGAAUACCCUAUCACCAUUUGCGGGUCUAGCAUUCCAUCCAAUUGAUGGGGUUUUACAAGCCGUACCGCACGUGUUUGCUCUGUUCUUUGUCCCAGCACACUUCAGGACCCACACUGCUCUCAUGUUCCUAGAAGUCAUAUGGACAAGUAACAUCCACGACUGCAUCCACGGAAAGGUUUGGCCGGUGAUGGGUGCUGGUUACCACACCAUUCACCAUACAACAUACCGCCACAACUAUGGUCAUUACACCGUCUGGAUGGACUGGAUGUUUGGCACCCUCCGCGAGCCAGAAGAUAUCCUCAAGAAGGACUGAGUUUGCUCGGAACUGUGUAUACUUUCCUGUCUCCAGUAGCGCUGUCAAGGUGUAAUAGUUUUAACCCAUCUGUUUAUUCUGCUCAAAGCUGUUUGCUGCCUUCCGGGUAGUCAUUUGUUGCUUCAGUCUGUUAGGUGGUAAUAAUAUGGUUCAUAUGUUAGCUUUGUUCCUUGGGGAUGCAGCGAGAUGGGAAGAUAUAUUGGACACCUGUGGUGUUUGUACCAUUUCCGGCACCAUGAUGUAUUGUUAUACAUAGGUUUUCAUGCUGUUUGUCCAGCAGAGUUCA